GUCUCUUACCAGGCAGACAACAUGGGAAAAGGGGGGUUCUUUAUCAGCAAAGCUACUGGGGUAGUUUGCAUCAUCCUGGGUAUUGGGGCUGUGUCUACCAUCAUUGCUCUGGCUGUCGUUUACUCCCAGGAAAAAGCUAAAAAUAAUGAAGUCUCACCAACUAACGAAGGAACCACAUCCAAGCCCCCUGUCACUACACCUACUCCGUCCAAUGAGCCCUGGGACAAAUAUCGUCUACCCAAGAGCCUGGUGCCCGAUCACUAUAACCUCACCCUGUGGCCACGACUCACACCUGACAAGAUAUCUGGACUCUACAUCUUUACUGGUGAAUCAAGUGUGGAGUUCAGGUGCGUUGAGGACACUGACCUUAUUCUCAUCCACUCCAACAAGCUGAACUACACCGAACUCUCAAAUGGCUUCUUCGCAACUCUCAAAUCAGUCAGCGGAGGCCCAGCCCCCUCAAUCAAGUCUACCUGGGUCAAGGCUGAGACACAGUACCUUGUCGUACAGCUGGAUGGUAAACUGAAAAAGGACCACUCGUACCAACUCUACACUGAAUUCACAGGAGAGCUGGCCGAUGACCUGGGAGGUUUCUACAGGAGUGAAUAUUGGGAGAAUGGAGUGAAAAAGGUUGUUGCUACGACUCAGAUGCAGCCAACAGAUGCCAGGAAAGCUUUCCCGUGCUUCGAUGAGCCGGCUAUGAAAGCUAUUUUCCACAUCACUCUGCGCCACGACCCGAGCACUGUAGCUCUGUCCAACGGGGAGGAAAAAGAAUCAACCAGCGAGACCAUCAAUGAUGUGGAAGUGAAGAAGACAGCCUUUGAGCCAACUGAGAAGAUGUCCACCUACCUGUUAGCGUUCAUCGUCAGUGACUUUGACUUCAUUAAUGAGACCAUAGAUGGAGUCUUGAUCCGUAUCUUUGCCCGCAAGCCUGCAAUCGCCGCUGGUCAAGGACAGUACGCCCUCAACAAAACUGGACCCAUCCUGAAGUUCUUUGAGAACUAUUACAGCUCCAAAUACCCUCUGCCAAAGUCUGAUCAGAUUGCUCUACCUGAUUUCAAUGCCGGAGCCAUGGAGAACUGGGGUCUGAUCACAUACAGGGAGACAGCGCUGCUCUAUGAUGAAGAGUUCUCAUCUAACUCCAACAAGGAGAGGAUCGCCACCAUCAUCGCUCAUGAACUGGCUCACAUGUGGUUUGGUAACCUGGUGACCCUGAGGUGGUGGAACGACCUGUGGCUGAAUGAAGGCUUUGCAUCCUACGUCGAGUACCUUGGAGCAGAUGAAGCUGAACCUGACUGGAACGUGAAAGACCUCAUCGUACUCAAUGACGUCCACAGGGUGUUUGCCGUUGAUGCCCUAGCGUCCUCCCACCCUCUGUCCUCAAAAGAAGAGGACAUCCAGAAACCAGAACAGAUCAGUGAGCUUUUCGAUGCCAUCUCAUACAGCAAGGGAGCGUCUGUCCUGAGGAUGCUGUCUGAUUUCCUGACAGAAGAAGUCUUCACAACGGGACUUAAGAGCUACCUGGCUGAGUUUCAGUUUGGGAAUGCAGUCUACACAGAUCUUUGGGACCAUCUGCAAAAGGCUGUAGUUGCCAGCAGUGUUUCACUUCCUAGCACCGUCCAUGAAAUCAUGAACACCUGGGUGCUGCAGAUGGGCUUCCCUGUGGUUACCAUAAAUACCACCACUGGAUCUGUAACCCAGAAGCACUUCCUCUUGGAUCCAGACUCCACGGUCACCACUCCAUCUAUCUACAACUAUGAAUGGAUUGUUCCAAUCAAGUGGAUGAAGACUGGAGCUCACCAGGAACCCAUAUGGCUCGAAGAGAAAACACAGACAUUUGAAGAUAUGAAAGUGACAGAAUCAGACUGGGUGCUUGCAAACCACAACGUGUCUGGUUACUACAGAGUCAACUAUGAUGAAGACAACUGGGAAAGGCUCCUCGCAAGUCUGAGCAACGGCCAUGAGAUUUUUCCAGUGAUCAACAGAGCUCAGUUGAUUGAUGAUGCUUUUAACUUGGCCAGGGCAAAGAUCAUUCCUACAGUGCUGGCCCUCAGAACCACAAAGUACCUGAUCUAUGAGAGGGAAUACAUGCCAUGGGACUCUGCUCUGGACAACCUGGACUUCUUCUACCUCAUGUUUGACCGCAGUGAGGUUUAUGGUGUCAUGCAGGAAUAUCUGAAGAAACAGGUCGCUCCUCUGUUUAACUACUAUAAGAUCCAGACUGAGAACUGGAAAGAAGUCCCUGAGGGACACAUGGACCAGUAUAACGAGGUGAAUGCUAUCAGCCUGGCUUGCAGGUCAGGUCUCGGGGAAUGCCAGACUCUUACCAAGACAUGGUUCAAGCAAUGGAUGGACACAGGGAUCAACCCGAUCCACCCCAACCUGCGUUCCACUGUGUACUGUAAUGCCAUUGCAGCAGGUGGUGCUGCAGAGUGGGAGUUUGCUUGGAAACAGUUUAAGGACGUUAGUAUUGCUAUUGAAGCUGACAAACUCCGCUAUGCCCUGUCGUGCACAAAGCAGCCCUGGCUUCUUACUAGGUAUCUGGAGUACACUCUGGAUCCCAACAAGAUCCGAAAGCAGGAUGCCACUUCCACAAUUGUCUACAUUGCUGGUAAUGUGAUUGGCCAGCCUCUGGCGUGGGACUUUGUCAGGGCUCACUGGACAUAUAUUUUCACACAAUACGGUGGUGGAUCAUUCUCUUUCUCCAACCUCAUUAACGGAGUCACAGAGCGCUUUUCAACUGAGUUUGAACUUCAACAGCUUCAGCAGUUCAAAGAGGAUCAUGCAGAAACUGGUUUCGGCUCAGGGACCCUGGCAGUGGACCAGUCCAUCGAGAGAACCACUGCCAACAUAAAAUGGAUCAAAGAGAACAAAGACAGCGUAAUGAAGUGGUUCGAGGAUGAAGUUAAACCCUGAUGAUGCCAUACAUGACUGCAGCUCUGUAAUUUCUUGUAUGUAACAUAAUUUCAGAUAAUUGUUUUUUUUUAACACAAAAAGUGUGUUUUUUUUAGGGGGAAAUGGAAAAUUGCACUGAGUAAAAGUUUCUUACAUAAUUUCAUUAACAGUGGCCCAAAAUGGUAAUCUUAACACUAAUACCUAUAAAGAUGCAUCUAAGCUUCUUACAUAGAAAAUGUUGAUAUUUAAGAUUAAAUGGCCAUAGAGAACAGAUGAAGCUUGUUUAUUUUUGUUUAUCCCAGUUUAUGUACAAACUUUCUCCUCUGUAAUCAUCAACUAUAUUUGUCCUGUUUAUGAAAAAAAUUCAAUCCAAAUGACCUUGUUAUUAAGUUGUCAAACCACGAUCAUAAUCACUCUGGGUAGACAAUAACACUCAUGCCCUUUUGCCUUUCAUAUAAAUAAGAAAACAUUCCAAUCCACAUCAUUUAUCUACCUUACUUUAUAUGCUCACCCAGUGGUAAUUUGUGUUUAAAACCAAAAAAAUUCAUGGUUUAUCUAUAUUGUUAAUAAAUGUAUAUUUUAUUUAUUGCUCAGAUUCACCAAAAAGUUAUAUUUGUCAUGUUAUGAAUUCUGCCUAUUAUGGGCGUGCCAAUUCUGUCAGGAUCCUCCAGGUAAAUUAAUCUUUGGCCUUAUCUUCUGAAGUAUUGAUUUGUAGUUUAUAUAUAUGUGCAAUGUUCAACAUUUCUUCAACUAUGUCAACAGGACAUUUAGCCCAUUUGAAAAUACAGCUUUAAGUCAUUAUACUCUAUUCUGUGAACAAAAUAAACAUACCGGUUAAAAAUGUU